AUGGGUGCACUUUCUAAUUGGUCUGUUGUUGGUUUCGGUCUGGUGGGAUUUUUGGUCCUUGGAUUGGCUGUGGGAGAUGGUAAUGGCGUUGUGAAUGAUGAGAAAUUCCUUCAUAAGCCCUUCCUUCACAAGCCCUUCAUUGGAAGGCGUUUUGGGGGAGGCUUAGGGCAUGGAAUUUAUAAGAAAGGGUUUAAGCAUUACGGUGGUGGUGGCGGCGGUUUAGGUGGCGGCGGCGGACUUGGUGGUGGAGGUGGUCUUGGUGGAGGCGGUGGUUUGGGCCAUGGCGGAGGUCUUGGUGGCGGCGGCGNGCCCACCACUAAAUCACUUGUCGAAAUUGUUGUUGGUUAA